GUCUCGCUGUGCAGGAAGUGGCGUGUCUGCCUCUCAGUGGCGCUUAGCUUUAGCUAUUUACAUUAGAUUUAGUGAAGAUUGAAGCCUACAUUUUGUCUGAAUGACAAUUAUUAAUGAUCUGGACACAAACCCCGUGUUCCUUCUCACAGCUGAUAAAGUCUGUGGUCUGUGUUUAUCCAGAGGAGCUUCAGUUUCACUCACCUACGGUUAGCUCUGUUAGCUUUUGUGUCCAGACAGUUACUGCAGGUUGAGCCGAACUGAGCUCACUGGCGAGCUUGGGUUCAGGUUACAGAAAGAGGUUAGAGAAAGAGUAUACAGACACUCAUGUGUCUGAGCUGGCGGCUGGAGCUCCUUUCUGAACACAGGGGUUUGUUUACAGCCUGGUGCUGCACGUAGACUGAGCCAUGGAGCUGCACUAGAGCCACAGAUCAGCUGCAUUCUCCUCAGUCUCAAUAGUAUUGCUCCGUCAUGGAUCCAAGACAUCCUCCUACGGGGCCUGACUGGGGCCCACCACCUCCUGGCUGGGGGGGACCUCGGCCAGACUGGGGGCCUCGAGGUGGCUGGCCUCGUCCAGAUAACUGGCACCCUCCUCCUGGUGGGUGGGGGGCCCGUGAACCUCCACCACCUGAUUUCUGGGGGCCUCGUGGGCCACCACCUGACUGGGGCCCCCGUGGGCCUCCGGGGUGGGGUCCUCACCCACCUCGGGACUGGGAUCCUGAGGAAUGGAGAAGGGUGGAAGAGUGGCGACGCUGGCAUGAAGAGUGCCGGGCCCGAGAUCCCUGGGGUCCACCAGGACCACCACCUCCCUGGGACCUACCCACAGAUCCAUGGGGCCCAGAACCUCCCCCUCUGGGCCCGUCUCCUGCAGCCCUUCCCCCUCCAUUGCCCCCUGUGGAUUUACCUCCCCCAGGCUUGCCUCCUCCAGGUGUGGGGUUACCUCCUCCUGGGGUGCCUCCUCCAGGUGUGGGGUUACCUCCUCCUGGGGUGCCUCCUCCAGUAUUGCCUCCUCCAGUACUGCCUCCUCCAGUACUGCCUCCUCCAGUAGUUCCUCCUCCAGACUGUCCCCCACCCUUUGGCUUCCCGGGCUUCCCUCCUGGGAGCUGGAGUGGAGCGAGUUCUGAGGCCGACACAGAAAAGCCCAUUUGGAUUAAAGCGCUGCUCUCUGCCCCACCUGGAACUGAAACAAAGCCUGCUGAAGUGGCCACUGGUGCCACUGCACCUCUUCCUCCAGGAACAGAACCAGUGAACAAACCCCCAAAAUCCAAGAAGGUCUUCAAACAUAUAGGCCUGCUGGGAAAACCAGUUUCUAAGGAACCUCCACCAGGCCGGUCCAUAGGUACAAUAUCUUACGUUGGGCCAUCAAGCGGAUCUAUUGAGAGAGACGACAAGGUGAAGUUCACCUUUAGUUUUUCGUCAUUUUUUGGGAAUCCCAAAUCAAUGGUCACAGGAGUUCGAGUUCACUUCACUGCUCUUAAUGAAAAUAACAAGCAUAUUGCUACUGACAUUAAGGUGCCAGAAGGUGGAACGGCGAUUGUGGACCCCGAAAUCUAUGAGGGCGUGGUGAGCCAGCCCCUGAAGGAGGCUGCGCCGGGCGAGCGCAACUACCCCGGGCAAGUCAAUGUGACCAUAGGCAAGCUCCUGACCAACUUGACCUAUGAGAAGAAAGACUGCUCUGUCACUCUGCUAGAGAACGACCACAUCCUCCUGAACCUCCUCACCGACUUAGUCACAAACAAACGGAAAGCCACCAACAUCAGGCCCAAGAUCCCAGAGACCUUCAACCACACGGGCGAGAUGAGGGAGAAGGGCGUAAUCCUGAGCUUUAAAGGCCAAACUGAAGGUGUGAUCAAGUGCGACCCUCAUGGAGAGAUUCCAUUUGACAUCACUGAAAACUUCAGCGACGUGGACUUUACGGAAGAAGAUGUAAACGAAGAAGUGGAGUUCACAGUGAUCGAGCUCCGUGCAGGGAAGCGCGCCAUCCGGAUCCGCAGAGUCAAUGAGCCUCUGCUCUUCACUCUAAGUUCACUGGCCACUGAAGAGCUGGAAGAAGAUGAAGAGGAAGAAGAAGAGGAUGAGGCAGAAGCACAGGCAGUUACAGAAGACCUGAGUGACCAACCCCUCCAAAUGAGAGCAGACAUCCCCCUGUCCAACUUCGAAUUGGACACAGGGCUGUAUGAGGGGGUUGUGAGCCAGCCCAUCAUUGAGCCCUCGGCCACAUCGAAGGGAUAUCCGGGUCAGAUUCACGCAGUGAUUGGACCAUACAAGACCAACGUGACGUUUGAUCACAGAGAUUGUGGAGUGACGCUGCUGAAGUACGACCAAGUGCUUAUGAACCUCCUCAUCGAUAAAUCUAAGGGCAAGAAGAGAGCUGCCAACAUCAAGCCCAAAAUCCCGUUCACCUUCACUUACACCAAGGAGAAGAGGGAGAAGGGUGUCAUCAAAAAGCUGGGUGCAGUACAGGGCACCCUAACUUCAGAGGAACAUGGAAAUAUCCCAUUUGAUAAAAAGGAGAACUUCAGCGACACAGAGUUCAGCUCCAGUGACCUCAAUAAAGAGGUGGAAUUUACCCUGAUACAGGUAAAAAAAAAGAAGCAUGCUAUCCGCCUCCACAGACUUCAUCGAAUUUCUGAGCAGUUUCUGCUAGAGAAAAAGAAGCGACAGGAGCAGGAGGAGCUGCGUAGACAGAAAAUAGAGGAGAGAAAACAGGAGCUGGAGAGGAAGAAGAAAGAAGAGGAGGAUAUCCGCUUGGAGGCUGAGAGGAAAAAAAAGGAGGAGGUGGCUGCAGCGUUGGCUGCUGCUCGAGACAAGUUGACUCCUCUGGGAUUCAUGAUGCGUGGGCCAGACCCGGAUGAAGUUGUUAGUAAAGAGCGCUUUAAUGGCACUGUUUUAAAAGCCAUCUGCAAACACCCUCCAAAGGAGAUCAAGAAAGAAAUGGAGGAUCCAGAAUCAGGACCAGCCCGAAACGUAACACCUCUGUUCCCUGAGGUAAAAAUCAAGGUAGAGAAGGAGGAAUCAAUGGAGGAGCCUAGUAAAGAAGAGAAGGAUGAAGAGAAGGAGGAGAAAAAAGAGGAAAAAGAGGAUGUGAAGUUGAAACCUGACAUUGGGCUGCUGGUGAUGACUGUAGAUGGACAGCAGAAGAAACUCUCCUUUGGACACAAAGACCUACUAACACGGGCCACUAUGCUUGUCGGAGACAAGGUACGCUUUAACAUUGCAACUCGGCGAGAAACCAACGAGGAAAGAGCGGCUUACGUAGAGAUCCUCGGUGAUUCGUUUGUGGAGUCUGCAGAGGAGCGACAUAUUGGCAUUGUGAUAGAGUUUUCUGACAGCUCAGGUUUGAUCAAAUGCAGCCAGAGCCCCCAGCUGUACUUCCAAUUGUCUGAGGUGGCUGAGAGGAAGAAACUGGAGCUCAAUGAGAAGGUGGAAUUUAGCAUUAUCCCGCAUGAAACAUUGGAGGGCGAGCAACAGGCGAUCCGAAUUAAACGUUACACUGAAAGAAUGUUUCUGCCUGUGAAGAAAUUGUCUGGAGUCACUGCCAACAAGCACAAGCCAAUGACCAUCAAGCUGUCCAUGCCUUCUGAGGAGGAGAGGAAGAAGGCAGAGGCAGAAAAACUAAAGGCUGUAGUGAAGAACCUAAGAACACAGGACAGUAAAAGUCGCAGUGCAAGCAGCCGCCAUCGAUCCCGCUCCAGAUCAAAGAGUCUAGAGAGGGAUAAGUUUGGACGAGUGAAGUCAAAGCGCAGUUCUAGUAAAGAUCACUACAGCCGAGACCGCUCCAAAAGACGCUCCAGGAGCAGGAGCAGGGACAGGAGCAGGGACAGGAGCAGAGACAGGAGCAGUGACAGGAGCAGGAGCAGGGACAGGAGCAGGGACAGAUCCAGAAAGCGUUCCCACAGUAGAGAGCACUCCAGGAAACGAUCCAAGAGCUCAAGCUCCAGCAGGAGUCGCAGUCGAAGCCCAAGGAGAAGUCGAGAUAGAAGCAAAGAGCAUUCCAGAAGGCAUACCUACAGCCGCGAGAGGGACGAGUACAGGCGCCAACGCGAGCCAAGUCCCAGACCGCCACGCCACAUGGACGACGAGCUGGCUCGGAAGAAGAGGGAACUGGAAGAGCUCAAUGAAAUGAUUGCAUACAAGAAGGCUUUGGUGGAGCCCAGGGUCAUGGAGCCCAGGGUCAUGGAGCCCAGGGUCAUGGAGCCCAGGGUCAUGGAGCCCAGGGUGACGGAGCAAGGAGGCAAGACCUGCAUCGACUAUGACCACGGCAGAAGAGCUGUUCCUCUGAAAGAGUUCAAACCAGUGGUUCCAGAAUACCCCCCUUCCAAACCUUAUGGGGACCCAUACUAUGACAGAGAAUACAAUGUGUACAGGAAGCAGUGCUAUGCAGAUCCUUAUGCAGACAGGUAUGGUGAUCCGUACUAUGACCGCCGCCCCUAUGGGGCGCCAUCCUAUAAGGACAGAUCCUACCCUGAGCCUCCUUAUGGUGAGCCCUCCAGACGCUACACUGAUCGCUAUGAUGUUUACGACCCACCUCCUGAGAGUCGCUACCUCGAUCCAAAAUACCCACCAACACCAGGCCAAUCUUAUUCCAACGAUCCCUACCACAGAGCACCUCUAGAUGACAGCCCUCUACCACAGCAGAGCCCUACUCCCUCCGGCCCUCCCUUCAGACCCCCAUCUCCAGAAGAGCCUGCUCCAAAGAGCCCCCCUCCUAAACAGGAGACCCCUCCACCCCCAGUUGAAAAACCCCCAUUAGACCGGUUCCUUGACAUGCUUCAUAAGAAGAAGGUUACUCCAGAGAAAUACGUCAGCCCACCCAAAGAUGAGCUGCUUCCGCAUGAGCGAGCACUAAAAGAAGGCACCACUGGCUUCUCUCAGAUCGUCGGAUUGCCUGAAGUAAAACCCACUCAACCCACCAGAAGCCCUACACCACCAAGUCUCCAACCAAGAGAGCUGGAGAAGGCCGAACCCUACGACAAGAUCCAGAGUCUUCUGCAAAGUAUUGGGCUGAAAUUCACCUCUGAUGACAUGACCAAACUCCGAUCACAAGCUGGAAUACUAUCCUCCGCUCCCAAGUCAGCUUCUUUGGAGCGGGAGGUCCAGCAAGUGGGCUCCAGCAGAACCAGUUCUGUGGACCGCCUUCACUCUUCGUCUCCAGUCAGAUCAGCAAGCUUGGAACCUGCCCGGAAGCCAGUCAAUGAAUAUGAGAGCUUCCUGGACCAGCAGGAGUUAGAAGCUUUGCAAAAAGCUCAGCAAAUGCAAAGUCUGACUCGCUCCAUCAGUGAGGGCACUCCACCUCCCAGACCACCUCCAGGGCCCCCUCCUGCCCAGUACCAGCGCCCUCCAGUCCCAGACAGCUGGGAUGUCCAGAUUCCUCAAGCUUUUUCCAACCCCAACAACCAGGCAUCUUAUCUGGAUAGUGCCUCUAAAGCUCCUCCUGGACCGGCCCCAGGACCCCCGCCCAAACGUGUUGCAUCUCAAGCCCCACCAGGACCUCCGCCUGGGCCCCCUCCCAAACGGCCCGCUGGACAGGCCCCUCUUCUCUCCUCCCUGUCGUUCCUUGGACAGGCCACUGCCCAGACUGUCCCCUCUGCUGUUCAGGCACCUGGCCAAAGUUCUACAGACCCGGCCAUCUCCACCACUGUAGCUCGCUGCCUCCAAGUCAUCGAGACAGUCAGGACCCUGGCUCAGCCGUCAGCCAGACCAGUCAAAUCUGUGCAGUUCAAUUUACCCUCUGAGUCCCAGGCCACAAUCGCGAGUGAGGAGGACAUCAAGAACAUGCAGAAGGAGAAGUUGGAUCUGUAUAAUCAGCGAAUCCUGGAUAAGAGGGACCUGGAUAAGAAGAAGUAUCUGGAGUCUCGAAAAUCAUCGGACAAGAACAAGGAUGGCUCAGCUGUGGUCCCAGCUAAGCCCGUGACUGUGGAGCAAAGGAAUGUGUGGAUCUGCGGACACUCCUUGGUUUACUGGGCUGAGUCCCGGGCCAAGUCCCCUGAGGUGGGCAUGCAGCUGGGUAUGGACCCCAGUCGUGUCACCCUGUGGUGGAGGGGCACCCAGGGCAUGACCUGGUCACAGCUGCUGCCCCAACUGCAUCAGCUCAAAGUGCUGUGGCCCAACCCCGACGUGCUCAUCAUCCACCUGGGGGGCAAUGACCUGAACGACAGCCCCACUGACCUGUUGACGGCGGUGCGCAGAGAUUUAGCUUCUAUCAGGAGCAUCUUUCCGCACUGUCUUCUCGUUUGGUCCCACAUUUUGCCGCGUCGCGUUUGGAGACAUUCGAGCGACAGUCAAGAGGUGGAUCUGGUGCGUACCACUGUGAACCGGCGCAUUCACAGUGUGCUAACAGAGCUAGGGGGCGUGUCUUUAUCGCAUGAUAACAUCCGGUGUGGCGCGAAUACCGGGCUGUACCGCGCUGACGGGGUGCACCUCAGUCCUAAAGGUAUCGACGUGUUCAACCUCAACUUGCAGGACCUCCUCGAGAAAUGGGACCAGGAGGUAAACAAAUUGCAGUAGGUUUUUUUAAUGAGGAUGCUAAAAUGGAACAGCUGGAGAUACACUGAUCUGCUGGGUUUAGUGAGGGUUUAGGCUAGUCAUUUUAGCAGUGCUAGUGGAACCUCUUCAAGAACAGGACUCUGAUCAUAGUUAGAUCUGAUAUUGUUAGUAACUUUUGUCUUCAGUCUUAACUAAUGCAUGUGUAAAAUUGUUAGAAUAUCUGUAUCCACAACACCACGAACAGCAGACAGUGGUCCUCAAUCAGUCCAUUCUAGCAUUACUCAAAUUUUGAUACUUCACCUGCGUUAGUUACAUAAAACCAUUUGUCAUCUUUUGCUAAGUGUGCUGACUAUUUACUCAAACACAUU